AUGGAGAUCAAUACACAAAAGAUCUCAGAAAAGAUCUUGCAAAAGAUCUUGCAAAAGAUCUCACAAAAGAGCUCACAAAAGAGCUCACAAAAGAUCUCACAAAAGAUCUUGCAAAAGAUCUCACAAAAGAUCUCACAAAAGAUCUCACAAAAGAUCUCACAAAAGAUCUCUCACAAAAGAUCUCACAAAAGAUCUCACAAAAGAUCUCACAAAAGAUCUCCAAAAGAUCUCACAAAAGAUCUCACAAAAGAUCUCACAAAAGAUCUCACAAAAGAUCUCGAAAAAGAUCUCACAAAAGAUCUCACAAAAGAGCUCGCAAAAGAUCUCACAAAAGAUCUUGCAAAAGAUCUCAGAAAAGAUCUCAGAAAAGAUCUCACAAAAGAUCUUGCAAAAGAUCUCACAAAAGAGCUAACAAAAGAUCUCACAAAAGAUCUUGCAAAAGAUCUCACAAAAGAUCUCACAAAAUAUCUUGCAAAAGAUCUCGCAAAAGAUCUCACAAAAGAUCUCGCAAAAGAUCUCACAAAAGAUCUCACAAAAGAUCUUGCAAAAAGAUCUCACAAAAGAUCUCACAAAAGAGCUCACAAAAGAUCUCACAAAAGAUCUUACAAAAGAUCUCGCAAAAGAUCUCACAAAAGAUCUCACAAAAGAUCUAACAGAAGAUCUUGCAAAAGUCUCACAAAAGAUCUCACAAAAGAUCUCACAAAAGAUCUCGCAAAAGAUCUCACAAAAGCUCUCGCAAAAGAUCUCACAAAAGAUCUCACAAAAGAUCUCACAAAAGACCUCGCAAAAGAUAUACCAUCAGUAAGGGCUACAAAAAAGAAGCGUGUUAGCGAGGAGAAGAAUCAGGCUCAUUAUUUACAGCAGAGAGAGAAGCAUCUUUUAGAUCAAAGAAGAGAUUCAGAGGCUGAAACCAUACAGAAGGUUAACAAGACAGCUUCUGGAAAUGUAAGUUCGGCAAGCAGUAUCUCUUCUAUUUCUUCUAAUAAUAGUCUCAGUGGAUCUGUAUUUAAUGGAAGAGGAAAGGGGCUCAUUAGGAUUGGAUACAACAAGAGCUAUCCAUUGAAUCCAGUGAAAAGGACUGAGAAUGGAAGUAACAAGACAAAGGUUGAACAUGGAAGAAGAAGAAGAUCAAAAAGUCUUGGACACCGAUCAAAAGAAAACCUAAAGCCUAAAGAGAUAAAGGGUUGGUCAAUACAAGGGAAUCCAGGUUCAACUAACAACAAGGUAUCUCCAGGGGGUAACAUUCAAAGGGUAACCUUGCCGGCACAGGAAGAAUACAGCAAAGAAGAAGAAGAAGAAAAAGCGUUCCAGACUAUCGCCCUUCAUCCGAGCCUAAUUUAA